AUAAAUAUUUAAAUAGAUUCCAAUCUAAAUAUUCAAAACAUACCUACAAUAACCAUAACAAUGACUAAUGUUGGAUAGUAGCUUAUACAGUAUGCAUAAACAUUGCCCUAUAUGUUACUAAAAAACUGUGUUUGAACUGUGCUUCCCUGUUCAACAGGCCUAUUAAACCUGGAAGUGUUACUGCGACAGUUUCUCAUUUCCAAGGAAACACUCUCUGUUCGCAUGCUGGAUGACAGCCAAGACCCUACUCCCCUCCUCAAAGAGAUUCGAGAUGACAAGACUGCCACCAUCAUCGUCGACGCCAAUGCCACCAUGUCCCACAGCAUCCUGGAGAGGGCAUCAGAGUUAGGGAUGCUUUCUGUCUACUACACCUACAUCUUCACCUCGCUGGAAUUCUCUCUGCUGCGACUGGAUGAUGUAGCUGAUCAACGGGUGAACAUCAUCGGGUUCUCAGUCUUCAAUAGAACACACCCAUUCUUCCAAGAUUUCCUUCUCAGCCUCAACCGCUCCUGGCAGGAGAACUGUGAUCAUGCCCCUUUUGCUGGCACGCCGGUAUUUAAUACAAAAUUAUUGUCAAAAACUUUGCUGUUUGUGUUGCUUUUUACCAUUUUCAAUUGUUUUUUUGUUUUUUUGUAGAUUACUUUUUCUGGCUUUUAAUGUAAGUAGAAUAGAAAACUAUGUGUCAUGGUUCUAUGACUGAGUAAAGGACCUCAAGGGCAUUUUCCUUCUAAACUAGUGGAGCAUUCCUUUUCCCCCUAUUCCUGCUUGUUAUCCAAUAGCAAAGUCAGCACCUAUGAAGGUUUUGACUAGUUUAUGCAGUCCCAGUGGCAAACCAUCAAUUUGUCCCCAUUACACAGACAAUGCUGCCAUGUAAACUUUUAGGGUAGACCCAGAAAGAGACACUAACUGAUUCUGUAAAAAUUCUAAAUGGUAGAAAUGCCCAAUGUUUAGCACAUUGUGAGAAAACUUUCCACUGGCUUGUAUUUUAACCAUUUACAUUUACAGCAUUUGUCAGAUGCCCUUAUCCAGAGCGACUUACAUUUAUCUAAUUUUCUCUUUUAUACAACUGAGCAGUUGAGGGUUAAGGGCCUUGCUCAAAGGCCCAACAGUGGCAGCUUGGUGGUUCUGGGAUUUGAACUCACAACCUUCCAAUCAGUAGUCCAAUGUCUUAACCAGUAUGUACAAGAGUAUGACUGACCCAUUGCAAACAUGGCAGUAUGAUGGGUUUGCUCCAAAGGGUCAGAUUAAUAAUUUAAAAGAGUAUGUGGUCUGCAUUUCCACAGUG